UGCUGUUACCUAGCGACCGCCAGGACGCAAGCCGGGGUGCAAGAUGAAGCAUCUUGCAGAUGACGAUGAUGAUGAUGCAACUAAUGUUGUUUAGCAUGCUAAUGCUAGUUGGCUAGCAUGGGAAACACGCAAGGAUGUUCUUUCUCUGAUUGGCUGCUUGGAAGAAGGAAAAAAAAAGACCACUAGGGCAGGAGGUAGCCUGCACGUAUGUUGACUUAAAGCACUGCUGCCCCCUGCUGGCACACGUCUGCACUGACAUUGGAACGCCCCAUCUCGGCAUGCAGUAUGGCGUUGUCUCGUGAUAGGUACGAUGACGUCACUGCACGAGUGGCGUCUCCUCAGUUGGGAAAACACAACACACACACACACAGCCUGGAAAAUUGUUCAUGUCAUGUUUACUGCAAAUGAUUAAUGGAGGUCUCCAACCGCGUGAUACUUGAUGACGUCACACGCAAGUACCAUAAAGGUCUCUCCGUGGACACGUGUGAGUCUUCGUCGCCUACUGCCAUCCCUCAUUCUGACCUUGAGGACACCCCGCCUUUUUUUGGACUGAGCGCCUCCGUGCGUGUGCCAGCUUAAGGACUUCUUAUGCAUCGAUUAAGGACUUGUGCGGUGCGCUUGCGCCCGCUCACCACCUCGCAGGCGGCUCAGACUGUCGGCCCGAAGCGGCCAAUCACAGCCACCUACACAAGGACGUUUCAGUCAAUCAGGUGUUACACGGCACCUGUGGCCUCGGAACCCUUCCUGAACGGAACCAGUUCCAACUAUGUGGAGGAGAUGUACUACGCCUGGCUGGAGAACCCCAAGAGUGUUCACAAGUCGUGGGAUGUGUUUUUCCGAAACGCUAAUGCUGGUGCUCCUCCCGGCACCGCCUACCAGUCUCCUCUGGGUCUGACUGCCACUCCACAACUCUCCUCUCUGGUUGGAGCUCAGCCCAAUGUGGAAAAGCUGGUGGAAGACCACUUGGCGGUGCAGUCCCUCAUCAGAGCCUAUCAGGUCAUGGGGCAUCAUAAUGCCCACUUGGACCCUCUGGGAAUCAGCUGUGUGAAUUUUGAUGAUGCUCCAGUCAGUAGCGGCUUCCAGGAUGUUGAUGCCGUCAAGGAGCGGCUGCAAGUCCUCACGGUGGGAGGCUUCUAUGGGCUGGAUGAGUCUGACCUGGAGAAAGUUUUUCGCCUUCCCACCACCACCUUCAUUGGAGGACCCGAGAGCGCUCUGCCCUUGAAGGAGAUCAUACGGCGACUGGAGAUGGCAUACUGCCAGCACAUCGGAGUAGAGUUCAUGUUCAUCAACGACCUGGAGCAGUGCCAGUGGAUCCGCCAGAAGUUUGAGACGCCAGGCGUGAUGCAGUUCACCCUGGAAGAGAAGAGGACCCUGCUGGCCCGCAUGGUCCGCUCCACCAGGUUCGAGGAGUUCCUGCAGAAGAAAUGGUCGGCCGAGAAGCGCUUUGGCCUGGAGGGGUGUGAGUCUCUCAUCCCGUCUCUGAAAACCAUCAUUGAUGUGUCCUCUGCCAGCGGUGUGGAGUACGUCAUCAUGGGCAUGCCUCACAGGGGUCGCCUGAACGUGUUGGCCAAUGUGAUCCGGAAGGAGCUGGAGCAGAUUUUCUGUCAGUUUGACUCCAAACUGGAGGCGGCUGACGAGGGCUCCGGCGACGUCAAGUACCACCUGGGAAUGUACCAUCGCAGGAUCAACCGCGUGACGGACCGGAACAUCACCUUGUCUCUGGUGGCCAACCCCUCCCACCUGGAGGCGGCAGACCCGGUGGUGCAGGGCAAGACCAAGGCAGAGCAGUUCUACUGCGGGGACAACGACGGCAACCGGGUGAUGUCCAUCCUGCUACACGGGGACGCGGCGUUUGCGGGUCAGGGCAUCGUCUAUGAGACCUUCCAUCUGUCCGACCUGCCUUCCUACACCACGCACGGCACCGUGCACGUCGUGGUCAACAACCAGAUCGGGUUCACCACCGACCCGCGUAUGGCGCGCUCGUCUCCAUACCCGACCGAUGUGGCCCGGGUGGUCAACGCGCCCAUCUUCCACGUCAACGCCGACGACCCGGAGGCCGUCAUGUAUGUGUGCAAGGUGGCGGCCGAGUGGCGUGCCACCUUUCACAAGGACGUGGUGGUGGACCUGGUGUGCUACCGGCGAAUGGGCCACAACGAGAUGGACGAGCCCAUGUUCACGCAGCCGCUCAUGUACAAGCAGAUCAAGAAGCAGAAGCCCGUCCUGCAGAAGUAUGCCGAGAAACUCAUCGCAGACGGAACCGUGAGCCGCCAGGAGUACGAGGAGGAAAUUGCCAAGUAUGACAAGAUCUGCGAGGAGGCGUACGCUCGCUCCAAGGACGAGAAGAUCCUGCACAUCAAACAUUGGCUGGACUCGCCCUGGCCCGGUUUCUUCACUCUGGAUGGUCAGCCCAAAUCCAUGAGCUGCCCUUCCACCGGCCUGACUGAGGAGAACCUUAACCACAUUGGACAAGUGGCCUCAUCCGUCCCUGUGGAGGACUUCACCAUCCACGGAGGACUGAGUCGUAUCCUGAAAAGUCGUGGGGAGAUGGUGCGGAACCGAACCGUGGACUGGGCUCUGGGAGAGUACAUGGCCUUCGGGUCUCUGCUGAAGGAGGGGAUCCACGUGCGGCUGUCGGGACAGGACGUGGAGCGUGGCACGUUCAGCCAUCGCCACCACGUCCUCCACGACCAGAAUGUGGACAAGAGGAUCUGUAUUCCCAUGAACCACAUGGCUCCCGACCAGGCGCCUUACACCGUCUGCAACAGCUCCCUGUCCGAGUACGGCGUCCUGGGCUUUGAGUUGGGCUUUGCCAUGGCGAGCCCCAAUGCACUCAUCCUGUGGGAGGCGCAGUUUGGGGACUUCCACAACACGGCCCAGUGCAUCAUCGACCAGUUCAUCUGCCCCGGCCAGGCAAAGUGGGUCCGACAGAACGGCAUCGUGCUGCUGCUGCCGCACGGCAUGGAGGGCAUGGGUCCAGAACAUUCUUCCGCUCGUCCAGAGAGGUUCCUCCAGAUGUGCAACGACGACCCCGACGUGAUGCCGAACAUCACAGACGACUUCGCCGUGCAGCAGCUGUACGACUGCAACUGGAUCGUGGUCAACUGCUCCACGCCGGGAAACUACUUCCACGUCGUGCGUCGUCAGAUCCUCCUCCCCUUCAGGAAGCCGCUUAUCGUCUUCACUCCCAAGUCCCUGCUGCGCCACCCAGAGGCCAGAUCCAGUUUUGACGAGAUGCUGCCAGGAACCCACUUCCAGAGGCUGAUCCCAGAAGGCGGCGCCACCGCCUCGGAGCGUCCGGGCGAGGUGAAGAGGUUGAUCUUAUGCACGGGGAAGGUCUACUACGAGCUGACCAAAGAGAGGAAGAGCCGCGGCAUGGAGGGAACAGUCGCCAUCGCACGCAUGGAGCAGUUGUCUCCCUUCCCCUUUGACCAGGUGAAGGCGGAGUCUGAGCGCUUCACCAACGCCGACCUGGUGUGGUGUCAGGAGGAGCACAAGAACCAGGGCUACUACGACUACGUCAAACCUCGCAUCAGGACCACCAUCCAGAGAGCCAAACCCGUCUGGUACGCGGGGCGGGGGCCAGCGGCGGCUCCGGCUACGGGAAACAAGAACACUCACCUGAUGGAGCUGCGGCGCUUCCUGGACACGGCCUUUGACCUGGAAGCUUUCACGGAUCAGCAGUAGUCCUGUGACCUCUGACCCCCUCACCCUUGCACAUGCACACAAGCCCCCCCCCCCGCCAUCCUAAUUGGCACUGACAGCAUUUUUACUCCUUUUAAUGAUCAUGCUUUUUAUCGUAACCCUCUUCAUCACACGCAGGGUCAAAGGUCAUCCUGUUUUUACUCCACAUGCUGGUUAGCAUCUUAGCACUGUUUGCCUUUCAGCAGGUCCUUAGUCGCCAUGCCAAAGCUACCCCAACCCCCUCCAGAUUUGCUUGUGUUUAGAGAAAGCUGGCGUCGGACGUCCCGGCACUCGUCUCGUGCCAAAUGAGCACCCUCGGCGUCCCGAGAAUGAAAGUUACCGCUCCCAAAGCGACGACGGCAGAAGACGAGGCCGCACGUGAGCUUCUGUGAGACAAACAAAGUCAUUUAUUUAUUUUCAUAGCGGGGAUGGAAGCUCUUCUCGUCCAUGUUUUUGCUUCAUUCAAUAAAGAUUUCUUUAUGUA